UUCCUCCUGGGCCCCGUGGAAGGUGGCGAAGAGAAGGAGCUGACCCUCACAGCCACCAGUGUGCCCAGCCUCACCAACCACCCGCUGGAUUCCAUGAUGAGGAGGGCUGAAAAUCCAACCUGAUCCUGGUCCAGUCUUCACGAAGCUAUGUUCUAGGGAUGAGGCCAUCACACAGCCCAGAGCCAUCCUCAUUUGUUUCUUUCUAGUAUGUGGACCAGCAUUCACCAGCCUGAAGAUUGGCGUGGGACACCGGCUGGAUGUCCAGGCGUCUGGGGUGCUUGACAUUUAAAAAAAAAAAAUCUUUAAGGAAAGAAAAGAAACUUCUGGAGAGCUCGCUAAGCAUCCUCGGCUCCCUCCCCACCACAAGUCAGUCAGUGCUUGUGGGUUGGGCCCAGAAAUCUGCAGUUUCACAUAUACCCAGAGGAGCCCACUUGCUCCCUGUAGAAGCAACUUUCCUGGCCCUCUUGCUGGCUUCAGCAGCAUCAGAGGAUUACACAGUUCGGGGCCUCCUAGGCAAAGCCACAGAUGACUUCAGCGAGGAUGGGCGGCUGGUGGAGAAGACCACAUAUGACCAUGUGACCAGAGAGAAGCUGGACCGGAUCCUGGCCCUGAUCCAAGGCUCCCAUCAGAAGGCCCUGGUGACGUACUCCAGCCUUGACCUGCAGACCCAGGAGGCCUAUGAGAUGGCCGUGAGAGGCCUGAUCCGGCCCAUGAGCAAGUCCCCCAUGCUGAUCACUGGCAUCCGAUGCCUCCACUUUGCGCCACCAGAAUUCCUCUUAGAGGUGCAGUGCAUGCACGAGACGCAGAAGCAGCUGCGGAGACUGGUGCAUGAAAUUGGCCUUGAGCUGAAGACCUCUGCUGUCUGCUCCCAAGUGCGGCGUACACGUGAUGGCUGCUUCACCCUGGACGAUGCCCUCCUGCGGACCCAGUGGGACCUGUACAGCAUCCAAGAGGCCAUCUGGGCCGCAGCUCCCCGGGUGGCAGCAGAGCUGGAGAAGAGCUUGAGGCUGGGGCUGGGUGCCCAGCAGCUCCACGGUCCAGGCUGUCAGUGGGACAGUGAGGGGCCAGGCUCUGACUCAAAAGGCCGGACAGCUGGUGGGGCAGCGGGUGAGUAAAAGUCAGAGUUGUGCAUGAGCUGGGACGGGUGAUGGUGCAGAACAAGCCGGGGAAGCUUCACCACCUAAGUGUGAAACUUUGAAACUGUGAGAAAAGACAAUGCAACUGAAAAGGAAAACCCUCUGUGUGGAGGAAAAGUUGACACACAAAUGACUGACUGGUAAAACUAUUUGUAGUAUGUUUAAUGAAGAACUAAUAUCCAUCGCACACAAAGAGCUCUUAUAAAGCAAGGAAGCGGGCCCUGCCAGUGUGGCUCAGUGGUGAGAGCGUUGGCUGCAGACUGAAGGGUCCCGGGUUGGAUUCUGGCCGAGGGCACGUACCUGGGUUGCAGGCUGCUGUGGCUACACUUCCGAACAGCAACCUUACAGGGUCGUCACAGGUGGAGUCGGGCCUUCCCUCCCUCGAUGUUUCUCUGCAAAAGUCAGUUGGGAAAGGGACAGACACUAGCUCAACCAGGUGACCAGGGUCAGCAUCCACAGCGAUAGGUCAUGUUGCUGGUACGUAAUCGUGAUGUGAUGUGAUGGAAAUGGCCCUUGACCUCUGAGGUCCUCCCAGGAACUCGUAACCCAGGUCUUAUGACAAGAACAUCAGAUUCUGGGAGUGGGCAUCUUACAAAACACCCGACUACCACUCCUGGGAACUCAAGGUCACCCGAACAGUGAUGUUCAGGGUUUGACAAUAAAUGCAGCAUGGGAUCCAGGAACAGAAAGGACCUUAGGCAAAAAGAAAGGAAACCUAAGUGGUCUCUGGACUUGAAUAACUGUAUUGGUAUUGGUUUAUCAAUUGUGACAAGCAUACUGACGUAAGAGGUGAAUACAAUCAUGGGCAACUGGGGCUGAGUAUGUGGGAGUUCUCUGUACUCUCUCAAGUUUUCUGCAAUCAACCGUCCUAAAGAAUCCCCUGGAGAGAUCUUUGAGAAUCCAGAUUCUAACCCAAACUCUUGGAUUCUGAUGCAGUAGGUCUGGCAUGGGGCCCAGAAACCUAAAUGAUGGAGUUCAGAGAGCUCCUGGGUUAGUGACUAGGUGCUGGGAGGGUGGUGCACCCGGAGAGCGUGGGAGCUGCGCCCCUUCCCUCUCCCCUGGCCCUGGGCAUCACCGCCAUUCCCCUGUUCCUGAGCUGCAUCCUUUAAAUAAAAUGAAGAAGUGUUUCUUCGAGAUCUGUGAGCUGUUCAAGCAGAUUCUCAAACUUGGGGGUGUGGGGGAACUUCACUCCUGAUGUAAAGCCCUCGGUCAGCAGCACAGGUGACAGCCUGGGGCCCUGACUGGCGUCUGAACCGGGACCUGUGGGCUCCGGGCAGUCAGAUGUGAGUUAGGUUGUAGGACACCCGCCCCGUCUACGCCCACUGACAGCUGCAGGAUUGCGUGGUGUGGAAGACCCGUGCCCGCUGUCGGAGGUACUGUGUGUGGAGGGAAACGGUUCUUUAACCUGUAUGUGUGUUUAGUGUUUGUGUGUGGAAUGAACCCAAAUGGCUAAUUUUUUGAACAAAGUGGAAUCCUA